CCGUGCAAUGUGAUGCGGUCCGUCGCGUCGUGACGUGGAGAACAGGAGCCGCUCUUGCGCUUCCUACCUUCCUCGCGGAGUCUCCUCUCGAGUGUCUCUGCGGAUCUCGCGCGUCUCGCUGCUUCCGGAAACUUGAGAUCGUGAACAAAAUUAAUUAUUCCUCGAGGACCUCGAAAAAAAUUACGUAUACAUAAAUAUAUAUCAGUGCGACCUACCGAAAAGAGGUGGGUCUGAUCGAAUCUUUUCCUCCUGCGGAACAAACGAGAUAUAUAGCUCGACAGUGCAUUCCUGGGACGGAGCGCACUCGGGGGUCCCCCGAGUCUCUCCCUCCCUCUCUCACUUUUUCUCUCUGUUCUUUUCGUCACGCGGACGGAAUGAUUGGAAGCACAACGCGUGAAGGUCUUCUCGGCCAACGUUUGAUCAGUCGUGCAUAAGUGUAACGGCGAAAUCCUUUCGAGAGUACGUUCUUAGCGAAAUCAUUGAUCGCGAUGAGGACCAUCGUUUUCAGUUUAACAUUUUUCUUGAUAUCGGUGUCGAUCGCUGGAUCAAUCAAUGACUGCGAGGAUCCCAAUUUUCACUCUUUGGAGACGCCAGAGUCAUCCAAAUUGGAGUGUGGUCCAGCUUUCAAGAACCGCUGUCGCUGUUUCCGAACGUGCUAUGACGGUCACCAUCAGUACGUCGUGAAUUGUACGGGAAGUGGAUUUCAGGAUACAUCCCCACUGGCGCAUCUGCCUAAUGAGACGCAAGUACUCAUCUUUACGGGGAACGAAUUAGAGGAGCUGCCCUGGAACGUGUUCGGCACUUUGGACAGCCUACCGUAUCUGAGGGUGAUCGACAUGUCGAAUAACAAGAUACGCGAGAUACGCGGCAAGGCUUAUCACCAUGUGCAGCACGUGGAACGUCUUAUACUGGACUUCAAUGAGCUCUCGUUGGAUCCCGCGAGGAAUCAUCCGAGAGUGUUCUCCAAUUUCAUUUCUCUUCUAGAGCUGCAUCUGACCGACGCCUUCGAAGACGGUCCACCGAGGAACCUGGCGUCGACGCUCCACGAUAUCUUUGUAAACAGCAACCUCACACAGCUGAUAAAACUUCAUCUCGAACAGAACGAGAUCUCGGAGUUUCGAGAUGUCAAUGUAUUCUGUGAUCUACCAAAUCUUCUUGAUCUUCAUCUCGGCGAUAACGAUCUGAACGCGCUGCACUUUAAUUUGUCGUGCUUGCACAAUCUGCGCUUCUUGGAUUUACGACGAAACAAAUUCACAAGAAUUCUCGAGCGCGAUCUCCACAUCAUGGACAAUCUCGCCAAGCACGAUCGAAACGUAACUGUGGAUUUUUCUGUCAAUCCUUUCGAAUGUUCCUGCAAGCUCAAUCCAUUCAUCAAAUGGAUAAAGAAGACGAAAGUGUUUAUCCGAAACAAAGCCAACUUACAAUGUUAUAAAGGUAAUGUAAGCUACGAUUUCCACGAAACAAAGAAUUGCGCUCCAAAGCUCCUAGUUUCCACUCGGCGAGGAACUACGGUGGUGCUUUGCUUCCUCUCAAUGGUGCUGAUUGCCCUGGUGUGCGCUUUAGUCUAUCUACAAAGGACAAUGCUUCAGAAAAAAAUUGAGCCGGUGCUCGAUUCGGUCAGCAAGAGGGUGCGGUACACCUCAAUAGCGAAUGGUGAUACUCGCGAGGAUGUGUGAACGUAGAAACAGAAGAGAAUCUGCGAAACGAUAAGUUUUUGCUUAUCGAACGAUAUCGAAUUGUGAUUAAUGCUAUUUAGUAUUCAAUUUAACAUUACAUGUAAUCCGUUUAUAAAUAAAUAUUAUUUAUUACAACA